AUGCCAUACAAGCUCACCAACAGAAAUGUACUCGUAACAGGAGGAAGUCGAGGACUUGGCGAAGUUAUUUGUCUCAAAUUCGCAGCGGAGGGAUGUAAUGUCGCUAUUAAUUAUGUUUCUAGUGAGGACAAGGCGAGGGAGUUGAAGAAGAGGAUUGAAGAGGAGUGGGGUGUGAAGGUUGUUUGUUUGAAGGGGGAUAUGAGUCAAGAAUCCGACUGUAUCUCUGUGGUGAAGGAAACUAUCAAGGAGUUUGGUGGGUUGGAUAUCAUUGUUUCCAAUGCUGGCUAUACACGCUUCUCAAAUUUCGCUGAUCUCUCAGCCCCUACGGCAGAAGAUUGGCAAAAAUGCUAUGCUACGAAUGUAGUGGCUCAAACUUUCUUGUUGAAAGAGGCACUGCCAACUUUUCAAGCGAAUGAAGAGGGAGGAUCUUUCAUUAUGACGAGCAGUAUUGCUGGUGUUGGCGCCGGAGGAAGUUGUAUGCCGUAUUCGGUAACGAAAGCGGCUCAAUUGCAUUUGAUGAAAUGUUUGGCUGCUACCCAGGGGCCGAAGGGGAAGAAGUAUUCAGAGGAAGAUCAAGAGAGAUUGAAGGAUAGAGCAUUCUUGAAACAAGUAGUAAACGGAUCUCGAAGAUUGUGCCCAAGCAUUUGUGGAUAUCGCGAAAAACAGUAG